GCCUCCUCAGGGCCGCAGCGGGUGGCAGGCGAGGUGGUAAACGGCCGCGUGGACGGGUUUUGGUGCCGCUACGGGGCUCGGCGGCAGCGGGGUUGCACUAAAGCCCGUCUCCCUCCGCUCAGCCCCGGCUAGGGGCGGCAGGUCUCCGGAGCUGUAUUCCGCGGCCCCGAGGCCCUGCGGGUCUGGACUCUGAGAGGCCGGACUCUGAGGGGCCGCCACGUUGUAGGCUCAGGUUGAGUGCACCAUCACAUCUAAGCCAUCAGCAAGUUUGUUGGUUUUAAUCUCCAAAAUACGUCUUGAUUUUGUCUGACUCUUUGCCACCACCCUGAUGUAAGCCCCUGUCAUCUCCUGCUUGAAUCACUGGUCAUUGAUGUGGUCAUUCUCAGUCUCCUCAGAGGGAGUGUGAAGAUGCUUAAAGAGCAUCCAGAGAUGGCGGAAGCUCCUCAGCAGCAGUUGGGUGUUCCUGUGGUGAAACUGGAGAAAGAGUUGCCAUGGGGCAGAGGAAGGGAAGACCCUAGUCCAGAGACUUUUCGGCUGAGGUUUCGGCAGUUCCGCUACCAGGAGGCAGCUGGACCCCAGGAAGCUCUUAGGGAGCUCCAGGAACUCUGUCGUCGGUGGCUGAGGCCCGAGUUGCACACCAAGGAGCAGAUCCUGGAGCUGCUGGUGCUGGAGCAGUUCCUCACUAUCCUGCCCCGCGAGUUCUACGCCUGGAUCCGGGAACAUGGCCCAGAGAGUGGCAAGGCUCUGGCUGCCAUAGUGGAGGACCUGACAGAAAGAGCGCUGGAGGCCAAGGCGGUUCCAUGCCAUGGGCAGGGGGAGCAGGAGGAAACAGCACUUUGCAGAGGCGCUUGGGAGCCAGGCAUCCAGCUGGGGCCAGUGGAGGUCAAGCCUGAGUGGGGGAUGCCUCCUGGGGAAGGAGUUCAAGGUCCAAACCCGGGUCCCAAGGAGCAGCUCAGUCAGGACCCUGGAGAUGAGACGCGGGCCUUCCAGGAGCAAGCACUACCUGUUCUGCAGGCAGGUCCUGGCCUCCCCACAAUGAAUCCCAGAGACCAAGAGAUGGCAGCCGGGUUCUUUACCACUGGACCGCAGGGGUUGGGGCCAUUUAAAGAUAUGGCCCUGGCCUUCCCUGAGGAGGAGUGGAGGCAUGUGACCCCAGCCCAGAUAGACUGCUUUGGGGAGUACGUGGAACCGCAGGACUGCAGGGUCUGCCCAGAAUGGCUUCCACAAUGUCUUAAAAAGAAAACAGAACCCUAAGAAAGACAAAUUAUGGAUGAAGGAAGAUUGUUCAAUGAAAAGUGGACAAAUGACUAUUUUUCUUGUUGAGGCAAAUAGCGAAGCACUCUGCUUAAUUUCUAUGGAAUUUGUGCGAGUUUUCAAAGACUACAAUUUGAAGAGGCAUUAUAUGCAAAAACUUGCUGACAAAUUUGGUGUGUAUGUGUUGUAAGGACAAAAUGGCAGAACUGAAAAAAAGUCUCUUUUCAACAAAAAAGACAUUUAAAAUAGUUACAACUCGAACUCUAUUGUAAGGUAAAAACUAGUUAUGUGUUAGCAAAUUUAAUAGCAAAAAAAUCAAAACCAUUUACUGAUGGUGAGUUUAUUAAGCAAUGUAUGGAAGAUGUGGUAGAUAUUAUUUGCCUUUAGAAACUGAUAUUUCUAAAAUCAGUUUGUCUCACCAGACUAUAGCCAGGAGAAUUGAAGAAAUUGGGAAAUCUAUUGAAAGACAUUUGGAGAAUAAAACUGCCAAUUUAAAAUUGUAUGCUUUGGUGAUGGAUGAAGGCACUGGCUGACACUACAGAUACAGCACAACUUGCUAUUUUUAUUGGAGGUAUUGAUGAUGAAUAUAAUGUCACUGAAGAAAUGGAAAUGUCACCAUGCCAUUAAAAGACACAGCUAAAUCCAGAGAUUUAUACAAAGCAGUGAAAAAUACAUUAAAGCUAUUUUCUUUGUCAGUUGUAAACAUAUCUGAUACAGCUACAGAUGGUGCCCUGGCGAUGGUAGGUAAAAGAGGGGGUCUUCUACAGUUAAUAGAAGAUGAAGCAAUUGCCGCACAAAACUCACGUUUGAUGAAGUAUUAUUGCAUAAUACAUAAUACAUAAUACAUUGAAAAUCCAUGUGCACAAGCUUUAAAAAUGGAUAACGUCAUGCCAAUUGUCAUGAAGGCUGUAAAUUUUACAAGGGCCCAGGGAUUGAAUCAUCGCUAGUUCCAGGAAUUCCUUAAAAGUAUGGAUGCUGACUCUAGCAACAUCGUUCCCUUUUUAGAAGUUAAACAGUUAAGUCAAGGCGAAAUGCAAAGAUUUUAUGCUUUGUGAUGUGAAAUCAAGCUGUUUAUGGUAUCAAACACAAAAUUUGUGCCAGAACUUGCCAAUGAAAACUGGCUUACAGACUUAGCAUUUUUAGUGGAUUUGACGGCCCAUUUAAGUGAGUUAAACCUGUGUCUUCAAGGUGAAAACCAAUUUAGCAACACAAUGUUUCAAACCAUAACAGCAUUCCAAAUGAAACUGAAAUUAUGGCAAGCUCAAAUUAAGGCAAACAAUUGAAUGCAUUUCGACGUGUUGGCUAAGCAUGGUCCUGGGAACAGCCAAAAAUAUGCAGCCUUGCUUUUCAAUUUGAUACAGGAACUUGAAAACAGGUAUUUCAAGAUUUCUGAAAAAAUAAUCAGUAUUUUGGCAUAUUUACGACUCCAUUUUCAGUUGACAUAAAUAUGUUACCUGCCAAUUUUCAAAUGGAAUGCCGAGAGCUGCAAUCUGACUUUCAACUUAAAGAAAAAUUUGAUCAUCCCUUUUUACUAGACUUUUGUGAUACUAUCUUCCCAAUGACAAAUAUCCCUCGCUUCACAAUUCAUGUCUUUGCUUUUUGGCAGCACCUACAUUUGUGAGCUACUAUUUUCAAGGAUGAAGAACACGAAGAGUAAAACUAGAACCAAAAUACCUGAUGAGCACCUUGAGAACUCACUGGGAAUUGCAACUACUUCCAUCAAGCCAGAUACUGAUGCAUUAGUUUCUCAAAAACAAUGUCAAGUGCUCCACUGGUUUUAUGUUAUCUUUUCUUUUAUAAUAAAAAAUAUCAAAAAAAGUAGUGAAGUGUUUUUUUUAGUUAGAUAUGUACAUUUUCUAUAUCAGUGAUUGCAAACUUGGGGACUGUUCAAUGAUUUUGAAAGACCCUCUGAAUGGGGCAGUGAAUAAUUAGGAUUAUUAUGUGAGGACAGUUUUGCUUAUCUGUGGUGGUAGAUAUAAUGAAAACUAUACAUGGACCUUUUGUGUGUGUGUGUGUGUGUGUGUGUGUGUGUGUGUGUGUGUGUGUUUUAGUGUAUUUUAUGUGUGGCCCAAGACAAUUCUUCUUCCACUGUGGCCCAGGGAAGCCAAAAAAUUAAAUACCUCUGCUUUCAUUCAGUUCUUAUCAAAAUUAUGGCUGGUUUGUUUGUAGACACUUAUAAGCUUAUUCUGAAUUUUUAUGGAAAGGCAAGGGACAAGAAAAGCUAAAACUAUUUUGAAAAUAUAAAUCAAUGAAGUAGAAAGAAUCGCUCUAUAUGAUGUUAAGAGUUACUGUACAGCUACUAGAGACACCACAGUGUGGUAUUGGUGGAGGAGUAAACACAGUCAUCAAUGGGACAGAGUAAACAAUAAGAAAUAGAUGCACAAAGUAUGCUCACCUGAUUUUUGACAAUAUGCCUACCUUUCCAAAAUGGUGUUGGAACAUUUGGACAGCCAUAUUCUGCAAAAAGUGAACCUUGAUCUAAAUCUAAUAACUUAUGCAAAUAUUAACACAAAAUGGGUAAUAGAGUUACAUUUUGUAAAGUGUUAAACUAUAUAACUCUUAGAAAAAGCAAUGUAGAAAGGAGGGCUAAGCAAAGGAUUUUCAGACUUGACACCAAGAUAACAAUCCAUAAAAGGAAAUAUUAAUACAUUGGCCUCCUCAAAUAAAUAAAAGUUUGCUCUGAUAUAGACCCUGUCAGAGAAAAAGACAAACUCCAUGUUGUGACUGUAGGCUAGCAGGAGGGAACCACAUGGUGACGGAAUGGGUCUGCAUCUUGUUGGUGCCGGUCGUUGCACAAAUUUACGAAUGUGAAAAAUUUGCUUAGAACUACACACACACAUAAACACACACAAACGAAGGCAUGUAAAACUGGUGAAAUCUGAAUAAGCUCUGUAAACUAUAUCAAAGUGAAUUUCCUGUACUAUAGUAUUAGGUUGGUGCAAAUGUUAUUUCAGUUUGCCAUUUUAACUUUUGCGCCAACCUAAUAUGAAUAUACUAUAUUUAUAGUUAACGCAGGAUUGCGAGAUGUUACCAUUGUAGGGGACAGGAUGUAGAGUACAUGGAACCUUCCUGUACAAUUUUUAUGUAACUUUUU